AUGAAUCUCCCUGGCAUUGUGGAUUUUCGGACGAUCAAUUCAAUAGGACUUUUUUCACCUAACAUGUGGAAUUUUGUUGAAAAAGAAACUGAAAGAUCUUAUUGCAAAAACGCAUCUACCACCCUUUCCGAUUCGCCUCAACUUCGACGUAGUGAAGCUGUAGGUGAUACCUUAGAUAAAUUCAAAGCUCCUGUUGUAGGGAACGGAAAAAUUAGUGACAAUAUUUUCUUCAAUCGAGAGGCUUCAAGCCCUGCAACUACACCAACCUUGUGUCAUCAAAUAGGCAGUGAUAGUACUGAUACUGAAGGUGGAUACCAUUUGAAUCCCUCUUUUUCGAUGCCAUACGCAACCGAAGGGGUUGGAUUCCCAGGAGCUUCCCUCUUAACCACCCAACCCUCCACUACAUCCCAUGGCAAAACUUUAGUAGGGACGUCCCCCACGUUGAGUGCGAUCCUGGGGUCUAAUAGGCCCACCCACAUUGGGGCUCGUGGGCGCCCCCCAGGUGCCCAUCCAGCGUUGAUCAACAAUGCCGCGCCAAUCUUAAACCGACGCUUCUCGGGGGCACCCCCUACGUCGGCGUGGGGGGAUCAUUUAAGGAGGGAGCCUUCCGGUGCUUCGGCUACUCAGCAGCCCUCAUCGCGUGCGCUCCCGACUUCUGCGGAAAAGGAGGUGAGUAGGCGAUUCGGCGCCGUCGAAGGCCCGAACGCACGAACUGUUGAGGUCGUGCGCGUACCCACCACGACGACGAACGCGAAAACGAGAAUGUCAACGCCGCCCGUCGAUGGGGUGGGGCAUCAUUCAGACUCACCGGCGUGUCAUCUUUUUCUAGGGGGACCGCCCUCCUCGUCCGUACGAUCUCCUUCCCCAGACAAGCAGCAAAACCAUGCCAGAUUGAUCCAAGGAGGGAAGUCGAUUGAAAAUGGUGGGAUUCCGGUUGACGGCGGAAGGACUCACACGGAUCAGGGUUCUCCGCAGGGCUCAAGUCCCUCGCCAGCUCCAGGCACUUCGGAUUCGUUUUAUUUUGACGAAACAGCAGUUACAAUGUCUUUUACCAUGAAUGAGGCUCCGCUCACCAUGGGUGACAACUUAUCUCUGCGGAUCACGCACGCCGAAGUCCAGCAAGUCUUCGAGGCUUUCUGCGCUCGUUAUGAGUCCUAUCAGCGAUUUAAGAGCCAAUGCAUUGAGGCCUAUCUCACUAAGAUCGAAAAGGCCGUCGACCAGUAUCUUGUGCGGCGUUUUAAACCCAAGAAGCAUACCGACAACGUCCUCAGUAAGGCAGGUGACAAUAUUAUAAAAAUUGGCGCGAAACUUUUCAGAACCGCUACCAAUUCUACAAAAUCGAGGUGUCCGAGGGUAGAUAACAGUUCAUCUUUGUCUACAUCCCCUGCGCGCAAUGGAACCCCAAUGCACACCCCAGGCGGCGUUGACAGGAGUGGAGCUCCCGAAAUGCCAGCGCGACCGAAUCCGACGUUGUCGGUUCCAUCUUUUUCCAGUACGGAAGUUAGCCUGCCGUUGACGUCGCGCACCCUUCCUUUAUUAUCCUACACUGCCAACGUUAUUUUGUCGGAAUAUUUAGAUGCGCGGCCGGAUGAGCAUACCCUGAACGCGGUCCGGCAAAAUUACCCGAUUCUUCUCCACGUCCUGAAGAACGUCUUUUCACCUCCCCCUGGGGACGCUGUUGAGGGGACCUCGGAGGAUGGGGGUGGCCACGACGUCGAGGAGCACGCGGCCCUCCACGGAAAGUUAAUCGCCCCCCUCAUCGACUCCAUCUGGCGGGAGUAUUUUCUCCCCCUCGAGAUGCGUCUGGAGGAGCUACUUUUGGUGGUCGAGCAGAACGUCCUGCCGGCCUAUCACCAAUGCGAGGCCCCGUCGGGGGAGGGGACCCUCGUGAACGACCUCCAGCGCGUCCGCGGGCUCCAGCGCUCCCUCCGCGAGGAUUUGGCCUACGUGGGGAGAAUCCGAGCAAUGGAUCGCGUGUUUUCAGCCGACCCCGCGCGGGGGGAGCGGACUUACGGCCUCUCGGAUUAUGUGCCCGUGUAUGGGCUGAUUUUGUCCCGCCUGCACCGGUUGGAAAUGGAGCAUCGCUCGGUGCUGGAGUUGUGGGCCGGGAAGAGGCCCGCCAGCGCGUCCGCUUUGGCAGCCCCUCACCCCGAUGGGAGGAAGAACUCUGGGCACCCUCACUGA